CUAAUUGCAUUUGACAGAAUUGUGCUCACAGUAUACUAACUAAAUAUUGAAUGUGCCGUUUUUAUUUCUAGGGAAACUAUUAGCAAACUAGGAUAUCAAAUUUAUAAUUAAUUACAAUAUUACAAUGGGAGAUAUUACUGAAGAAAGAACACAAGAGCGUGUGUAUGGAGGCUGUGAAGGUCCUGAGGCAAUGUAUGUGAAGCUUAUUUCUUCAGAUGGUCAUGAAUUUAUAGUGAAAAGAGAACAUGCUUUAACAUCCGGCACCAUUAAAGCUAUGUUAAGCGGUCCCGGUCAGUUUGCAGAAAAUGACGCCAAUGAAGUAAAUUUUAGAGAAAUUCCGUCUCAUGUACUGCAGAAGGUUUGCAUGUAUUUUACUUACAAGGUACGUUAUACAAACAGUUCUACAGAAAUACCAGAGUUUCCAAUUGCACCAGAAAUUGCAUUAGAGUUGUUAAUGGCAGCAAACUUUUUGGAUUGUUAAAUUUAUACUUAUUUUUCAAAUGUGAUUAAAUAAAACAUAUUAAAAUAUCUGAGCAAAUUUUUGGAAUACUUCUUAAUUAUGGAGAACAAAAGAAUAUGUUUUUCAAUUUUUUUAACUUUAGUCCUAUAAGCAAGAGAUGUGUAGUAAUCUUAGUAAUAGUAAUAAAUAUGUGUUCACAAAAAAGUGUUUAAA